AUUUUUAAAGGGUACACAACACAAGCGAGCUUUUGGUUACAGUAGAACGACAUUUUAUAAAGCCGGUUGAGAUAGAACCGAUAAUUCUUAGUUUUUCAACAUAUGCUGUUUUCACAUACAAAUUGUAACAGCAAUGCAGCUAUGACAGCCCCGGCAGAAGAAUUAGCAGGACUACCCCCAGAAGUCAUUUGGGAAUAUCAAUUUCGGUUGAUUUUAGUCGGAGAUUCGACGGUGGGAAAGAGUUCACUGCUCCGCCGUUUCUGUGAUGGGAAGUUCGUGGAGGUGUCCGAUCCCACAGUGGGAGUGGACUUCUACGCAAGACUUAUUGAGGUAGCGCCGGGGCGGCGAGUCAAGCUGCAGCUGUGGGAUACCGCUGGCCAAGAAAGAUUCAGGUCCAUAACCACGUCUUAUUACAGGAACUCGGUUGGCGUGAUGCUCGUCUAUGACAUUUCAAACAGACAGAGUUUCGAGAAUUUGCAGGAAUGGCUGAUCGAGGCCCAGGAAAAUGUAAUCUAUCCCCACAGUACCACAUACAUGGUGGUGGGUCACAAAUCAGACUUGGGAGAGGACACCAGGGAGGUCCUCAAAGAAGAAGGGGAACGCUUUGCCCAGGCCUACGGGAUGAGGUUCAUUGAAACGUCCGCCAAGGCCUGCACCAACGUGGAGGCAGCAUUCUCCGUCAUGGCGAAAGAGAUCUAUGUCAAGUUGAAAGACGGUGACCUGCGCAUCAUGGAAGGCUGGGAUGGCAUCAAGGGUGGGUUUACGGCGCCGCGGGAAACGCUACGGUUAGAAGAACCUGAAGAGAAGCCUAGGAUAUGCUGCUAAGAAACUUCAUGCUUUAUGCUGGUUUCAAAUUCUUAGUAGAACCAUUAGUAAUAAGAUAUGUUUCGUUUUUAAAAUUAUGCACACACACAUUACAAAGAGCAGGUGGUGUCAACCAUUUGCUACGAAAUCUAGAUCAAUGUUUCUUAUAUUACAGAUUGCAUCCUGAUUCCUGAUUCAUGUUCUGAAUUGAAAGGUUUUUAUAUGCACUAGUUAGGAUAAUGUUCCAUCAUCCAUGAACAUUUUCAAUAAAAUGUUAUGAUAAGUUGUGUUAGAAGAUAUUCACAUUAUGUGACUAAGACGCUGAAAUUUUUAAAGAUUAUCUCUAAUACCUCUGAAAUAGGCCUGUAUUUUUGGUGUAAAGUCGUUCAGGCAUUUUAAUGUGAAUAGGUAGACGAGCUUAUCAAUUUGGUUUCUUAAAUCUCAGCAUCUGCAAAUGGUUAACACUACCUGGGAGAAAGAGCAAGAUUUGUUAUGAUCUUUAUUUCAACUUAAGCUACCGGUAAUAAUAUGUUUUACUUUUCCUCUAAUCAUGAACGUGUCAAAUUCUGUUUGUUGAUCAAUUCAACUUAAAUUUGAGAUUACAACUCUUUCAGGAGAAAUGUUACACUGCAGUAUAUAUUUGAGUGUUCUAUUUAUGUGAAGAAAUAUGCAUUUUUUUUGUUAAUAGCAUUGAAAUUACUUUUCGCUAUGAUAUAAGUCAAGUACAAAAAAGAUAGAUGAUCUUUUUCUAGAAAAAAAUAUAUACUCCCCCUCCAGACACAAGAUUUAUGAUAAAAAUUAACAAGAAAACAUUCCAAAGAUGUGUCUUUUGUAUUGAUAAACGUUAUUGAAUGAAUUGAAGUUCUAAAAGUUCUAUUUUACAAUAUUCUAAGUCGAAAUAUAUCUAAUAUUUUUCAAAUUUUCAAGUUUUCAAAUUCAGAGAAAGAAACGUUUGUGGAUCAUCUUAAAUGGCAAACUCACUUAUUAGGUCAACUAAAAGGACUAUGUGUACACAGUUAAUGAGGUGAGAUGAAAGUAGAGUGUACGUUAUUGCUAUCUUUCUUCAUUCUCCAAUAAUACAAAAUUGGCUCGGUACUCCCGUAGCCAUUUACUCAUAUUUCUUCAUAGUUUUGAUAAAUUGUAAUUCAUGAAAAUAAAUAAGAACUCUUUAAUGUCUACUUUGAUGCAAGGAUAUUGUUUGACAUAUAUUCAGAGCAAUUAUAAUCUUCAAUGCCCCUUCAUUUACAUGUAUGUACAUGUAAGUUACGUCAGUGCUUUGCAUCAUGACUCAUCUAGUGUGUAGCACUUUUUUUUUUAAAUCCGCAUUAUGGUGACGGGGUUCUUAAUAACUAACAUUUUUUUGGUGUGUGUACAUUUACGUGUACACCAUGCCGUUUCGAAUGAUCUUUCUUCCAUGUAACUUUCCUUUUUGUAUAUUUCCUUUAUCCAUACUUUUCACACACAAAAAUCAAGAGUAUGCCAUUUUGCCAGACAUACUUACAGUACAUGUACAUGCAUUGUACAUUCUUUAUGUGUAUUUUUGUUUAAAGCCUAAUAAUGAUUAAAAAUAAACCUUGUAAAAAGAAAGAUAGAUUUAAUUUUGUGAUGAAUAAUUUUCUGCAUUGUACUUAUGUAUUUUUUGUUUAUUACAAGUUAUAUAGUAUGUUAACAUUUUAAAGCAUGUAUUCGUACAUGUAUGUGCUUAUUAUUAAUGUAGUGGUAUUAUUAUGAUGCAUUAGAGGAAAGCAUUAAAUCAUUAGAACUUAAUCAUUGGAAAGAAAUACAUUAAUAACAUUUAAAUGUAGGUGAUAUGGUAUUAUACAAUAAUUUAUGAAAAUUGUGCAAUACAUACGUGAACCAUCCUUAGGAGAGUUGUAAUAGUGCUACGUAAACUAUGUAUUUAUGCCUUUGUGGCGUAGUGUCAUAAAUAUCUUAUGUUUUUUGCAUGUUCGUGUACCCUUAUGGCCUUUUAAUUGAUGACAAUCACAUGUGAGCAUGUGUUAUUGUGUGUACGGUAGGUUCAGAUUUACAUGUUGAUGUAUUGCAUACAGAGCAGGGGGGCGUUUCACAAAGCCUUUUUUCAAUGACAAAUAACAAAAAUUAGUGAUAAAUCUGCUGAUAACCAAUCAGAAGCAAGGAUUUCAGCAGCUUAUAACACAAAUUGUCAUUUGUCACUGAUGACACGUUUUGUGAAACACCCCCAGGGCCGGAUACUCGAUUUCCAAUGUAACCAACUGCCACUGGCUAUUUUUUUAAAUCAAACUUGUGUGAAUUGUCACGUGCUAGCUGAUCAAUGCAUUGGCCGUGUUAACCAUGACCCAUAUGGACCGGUGGCUAGUUAUUUGAGCACAUAUUCUUGUAUUUUUGUUCAUGUUUAUAAACACAGAUUACUAUUCUCGUAGUUGUACCCAAAUGUUUCAUGCAGAUUCACUAUACAGUAUUGCAGAAAUUGUUUUCAAUUUGUACUGAAAUUGGGCUGUUAUGGAUUUUUUUUUAAAAUGUGAACUUGUGCGAGUACAUUUUAGUGUUUAUAAGCUAAAUGUAGGUAAAUUUAAAAAACCUUUCUACGUGUACGGUGUACUGUACCUCUGUAAACCGUGCAGCAUCUCGACUAACAAAAAAUAAAAAAAUUUAGAGCUGUAAAUUCAUCUAUAGAUAUAGGAUGUAUCCCUCAAGAUUUUUGAGAACUUAGCUCACUAGAUAUACGGUAGCCAGAAAGCUUCAAUUUUCCGCAGAAAAUCAUGUCAGUAUGUACCACAAUGUUGUCAUGUAGUAACCAGGCAUUCAAUUUGCGUAGCGGGUCAUGAGUCCCCUAAAUUAAGCUACAGGUAUAGCAUUUUGCCCAUUUGAAAGAAAAGAGGG